UCAGCACAAUUUUUCACACAAGCCGUUUUUCAUUUUUCUUUCGUUCAGGGCCUAUGUGAUUUGGGUUAAAAUUUUUUAAAGACUUUGGACGCGUGCUUUUUCUACUUUUCGAGCGUUGAACAUAUUUCUAGCUUGGAAUAUAAUUUUUUUUUCACACCAUUUGAAUUUGUAAACAAAACAAAAAAAAUGGACUGCAGUUUGGAACUGGAUCCUUCAAACGUUUGUCGUGUAUGUCUAGAGCCACAAGAGAAUCCAUUGUCCAUUUUUACAAAGCACAUAAUCGAAGGAAGCAUCCGAACGCUUCCCGAAAUUAUUUUAUCUUGUUUUCAAGUUGAUGUUACUUCGAAUCCAAAUUUACCAAAACAUAUUUGCGAAUCAUGCAAAUCUUCAAUUAUUCAAUUCUUCAAGUUCAAAGAGAACGUUGUCCGAACAGAAAAACUACUAACUGAUAUUUUCAAAACGGACAACGAAGUUGUUCUAAAGGAAGAAGACUUUGAUGUUGAGGAACAUCUUAGCGAUGCCGCGCCCGACAACACUUCGGUUGACAUCGAAGCUGAACCUGAAACUGUUGUCGAAUAUGAAGAUCAAUAUGUCGAAGAAAUCCAACUGGAUAAUGUAAGUAAUGAACCCGAAUUUAAGAUUCUAGAUGUCGGAGAAGAUUCUCAGUUUAAAACACAAGAUGAAGAAGAAGAAGUUUAUGAAUUGGAAAAUGCCACAAGUCCAGGAAAACAAGAAGAAGAAGAUGACAAUGAAAAUGAACUCACAAAUAUGGAGUUUAUUGACGAUGCAACAACAACUUUUGGAGAAUUUAACGAUGAAACUUAUUUGGAAGAAGCUGAGCAAUCUAACGAUGAAACAACUGUGAUUAUUCAGAAAGAAGUCGAUGAGAAUAGUUAUGAAGAAGAACCGGCUCCAAAGAAGCGACGUUAUCGCAAAGCUAAUAAAGACGGUGAACAAAAAUCGACUCUCACUUUGAUGUGCAAAAUCUGUAAUAAACGUAUACAAAGUGAUGAUGAAAAUCAUGACCAAUUGCAUGAUUACUAUGCAAUGAUUGUUGCCGCCGAAUCUGUUUUACAAUGUUUCCGAUGUUCACAUGUUUUCAUAUGUGCCGAUGAACUUAAAUCACAUUUGCUUGAUUUUCAUUAUGAAAAUAAUGAAGAGGAUGAAGAUGUAUUUAAUGAUUUGCAACUAUUGGAUGAAGAUACAAAACAAGCAUUUUGGGUAUGUGGUAGUUGUAAUGCGGAUUUUGCUAGCAUCAGUGAUCUCAAAAUGCACAUGGUUACACAUAUGACAAAAUUGGGUUGUCCAGUUGAUGAAUGUGGUUUUGAGUAUUCAAAUUUUCAUUAUUUUUAUCAACAUAUUAAGAGAAAUCACUUGUCAACGAAAUUGCUUUCGUGUAAAUAUUGUGGAAAAGAGGAUGUUCCAGAUUUUAGGAGUUUGCAAAAUCAUUAUAGACAAGAGUGCUCAGCAAAGAUGUAUAAAUGUGAAUUUUGUAGUCGCACAUUUUUCACUGACAAAUCAUGGAAAACCCACGUUGAAAUUCGGCAUAUUGAGAAAAAAUUUGUUUGUGAAUUAUGUGGCAAAUCAUUUGCACAAAUAACAGAAUUGAAAAUUCACACGAGAAUGCAUACUGGUGAGCGACCAUUUGAAUGUACAAUCUGCAAGAAAGCAUACAAAACGGCCAGUGGACGUGCUGCUCAUAUGGAUUCGCAUUCGAAUAAUGUAUUUCCGUGUGACAUAUGUGGAAAGCAAAUGAACUCUCGGCGAAACCUUGUUACUCAUAUUCGCAGACACACUGAAGAAAAGAGGCUUAAAUGCGAAGUAUGUGGCAAGAGGUUCUUUACAAAAUAUCAUUUGAAUUUACAUGCCUCAAAACUACAUAACAAAAGUUGAUCAAAUGUUUCCGAACAUGUAUUAUUU